AUGGAUUUGGAACCGGGGGAUGAUCCCCACCCCGAACCGCUGCGCAUCACUCCCGAAGCCCUCCAACGCAAUGUCUGCCAGAGAUGUGUUCGCAGCCUAGCUGUCAACGACCAAGUCAUCAUCGGGCCGCACGAUGCUAUCCUCUGUGACAGAUCCGACGGUCGUUGUGGUUACUGCGAGUAUUUGGACCUCCCAUGCGAGCCAAUCCCCAUGAACUGCAGAGAAAUGACCCAGUUCAUCCUCAUGGCAGCGUGGGAAAACUGGACUCCUGACCACCAGUUCACCCGUGGCCGGAUUCAAGAACUGGCAAGGAUUUUGGACGAGAGAUACAGCAGAGAGCAACCGGCAAAUGGGGGCGCUCAGCAGCAUGCUCUGAGCGGUGUACUCACCCAGCUGGUCGAAGCCACCAGGAGAGUUGCCGAAGUCAACGCCCACGCGGCCAACAUCGCCCUUCCCCCUUGGUCAAAUGAUGCCUCCCUGAGGUUCCCCGACGAACUCAUGAUCCCUGACUCCUACGUCAGACUCGCCAUGAACGAUGAUGGAACUCAGCACGUGGGUAUCUUCCAGCUUUCACCCCACAGUCCGUGUGGGGAGGACCGGAUGAUCCCAGACCAUGAAGGUAGUCUUCUCGUCGCUCACCCGAUCAUCCAAGAAGAGCAUGUCAUCCAAGGAGCGCCUGUCACCCAAGAAGAGCAUGACACCCAAGAAGAGCAUGACACCCAAGAAGAGCUUGUCAUCCAAGGAGCGCCCGUCACCCAAGAAGAGCCUGGCACCGACGAAGAGUCUGUCAUCUACCAAGGGCCAGCCAUCUUCGAAGAGUCUUUCACUGACGAAGAGACUGUCGUCUACGAAGAGCAAGUCAUCGACUCAGACCCAACCAUGGACCAAGAGUCUCUCAUCGACGGAGAGCCACUCACCGACUCAGACCCAAUCAUGGACGAAGAGUCUGUCAGUGGCGAAGAGCCAGUCACCCAAGAAGAGCCUCCUGUGGGAUGCACUUGUAACAUGUGUUUCAUCGCUGAAGAGCCAGUCACCCAAGAAGAACCUAUCACCCACAACGUGACUGUCGUCUACGAAGAGCAAGUCACCGACUCAGACCCAACCAUGGACGAAGAGUCUGACACCCAAGAAGAGGCUAUCACCCACAAAGUGACUAUCACCUACGAAGAGCCAGUCACCGACCCAGACCCAGUCAUGGACGAAGAGUCUUUCAGUGACGAAGAGCCUGACAACGGCAAAGAGCCUAGGCCGGCCAAGCGUAGGCGAGUCGAUGUGAUCCAGCUGUCUGACAGUGAAGAAGGACAGGGAUCAGGAUCGCGUUUGGUAUCAGGAUGGUCUUUCUGA